AUGUAUCAAAUGGACGAACACCUUAAGCGGCUGGAAAAAGAAACUAAAAAGCUGGAAGAUAUAAGCAAACUACUCCAGGAUAAUAUAAAACAAAAUAAAAGAAAACCAGACGCCAUCCUAGAAGAUCAAAGAGGGCAGAAGAUUCUUUGUCACGUCGAGGAAAACGCAAGGAAGCUCGAAGAAAUUAAAGAAAAGAUGGGAGAACAAGAGUUAAAAGAAAUUAAAAUGCUCCUAGAAACCCAAAUUGAGAAAACUGAUGAAAGAGACCGAAAUAUCGAGGAAAGAAUCGAGCGGACGCUUACGGAAGCCGCAGCAGUGCAGCAGAGCGCUCUCCUUCAGCUUGACGCCGCCCGAAAUCUCAAAGGUGAAAUAAAGGCAGCGGUUACCUCGGCAGUAAAAAGACUCUACGAACUAGUCAAAGAGGCCGAUUCGCAAACAAAGGAAGGAAAGGACAAGAGGAAGGAAAAGGAACGGGGGAGCGAGGAGGGGCUAGAAAAGGAGAAAGACAAAAACAAAACAUACAACAUAGACACCACACCGCAAGCCAAAAUGUAUCAAAUGGACGAACACCUUAAGCGGCUGGAAAAAGAAACUAAAAAGCUGGAAGACAUAAGCAAACUACUCCAAGAUAAUAUAAAACAAAAUAAAAGAAAACCAGACGCCAUCCUAGAAGAUCAAAGAGGGCAGAAGAUUCUCUGUCACGUCGAGGAAAACGCAAGGAAGCUCGAAGAAAUUAAAGAAAAGAUGGGAGAACAAGAGCUAAAAGAAAUUAAAAUGCUCCUAGAAACUCAAAUUGAGAAAACUGACGAAAGAGACCGAAAUAUCGAGGAAAGAAUCGAGCGGACGUAUGCUAACGUCGUGGCAUCAAACAGCAACACAGUGCAGAGGCAACAACCAUUCACCACCA